AGUGAUGAGCAAAAAUAUUUCCUUAUAAAAUACCCUGCUCUGGUCUGGUACUGAUACAUGAGAGCUUUGCUUGACAAACAGUGGAUACCAGAAAAACAAAAGAAUGGCAAGUCCUCGCCCAGCCACUGGAUCAUUUUAUGACUUUACUGUCAAGGAUGUUAAGGGAAAUGAUGUCGAUCUUAGCAUUUACAAGGGAAAAGUUCUGCUGGUCAUCAAUGUUGCUUCCAAAUGCGGACUGACCAACUCAAAUUACGAUGAGCUGAAUGAACUGUAUCGAAAGUAUAAAGAUCAAGGCUUUGAAAUUCUGGCAUUUCCGUGCAACCAGUUUGGUAGUCAGGAACCAGGAAGUAACAAGGAGAUUGAAGAUUUUGUCUGCACUCGUUUCAAAUCGGAGUUUCCCAUUUUUGACAAGAUUGAAGUAAACGGAGAUAAUACUGCUCCAGUAUACAAGUUCUUGAAGGAAGGCAAGUGGGGAUUCUUUGGAGACGAUAUUCAGUGGAACUUUACCAAGUUUCUAGUUGACAAAGAAGGCAAAGCGUCUCACCGCUAUUACCCAACCACUCCCCCCCUUAGCAUCGAGCAUGACAUCAAGACGCUGUUGGGAGUCGCAUAAGUUGCUGAGAUGUGAAGAUUUCAACAUAUGCUUGUCUUUUGUGUAUCAAACUGGAAUAAAAAGUUCAAGCUUGCUUUUGUGUAUGUUUAUCAUAACAGUGUGAUUUCAAGACUUGUUAAGGAUGGAGGCAUGGUGUUAAUUAAGAAAACAUUAAGCAGUUGCAGUCCCUGUUUGUUUUUUAAACUUGAUUAAACCAUUUAUGUUCCUUGUGGGAUGAUGAAAAUUAACCAGGAUUCAAAGAUCUUUCCUAA